AUGUUACUGUGUCUAUUAUUCCAAAUCAGAUCACCCACUGGAUAUAAAUUUUUAAAAGAUCAAAAUAUUUUACCAUUGCCAUGUGUCAGCACAAUUCGUAAAAAUUUACUAGCUAUAAAAAUUGUUUGUGGAUUUGACCCCAAUUUAUUUAAGCUAUUGAAAAUGACAUUUUCCACAAAAUCUGAACAUAAAAAAAAGGGUAUAAUAUUGCUAGAUGAAAUGUUUUUGAGGGAAAGUUUAAGUGUAAAUAGCCGUUCUCUAACAAACAUUGGAUUGGAAGAUUUUCGAAAUGAAGAAUUAGUAAGGAAAAACAGUAACUUGAAGGCAAACCACGGUUUGGUGUUCAUGUGGCAAAGUUUAGCCGAAAAUAUGGUACAACCUAUUACUGUGUUUGCUUCAGCUGGUCCAGUUAAAGGAGUUGAACUCUCAAAGCUGAUAGUCAAAGCCAUCCUAUUAAUGGAAGAUGCUGGUGCACACGUUGUUGGUAUUACAUGUGAUGGCGCAUCAACAAACCGCACUAUGUGGAAUUCAUUAGGAGUUUCAGCAAAAAAGGAUAAUUUCAAAAAUUAUUUUUAA